UACUAAAAAGCCAUGUCAUAAGUCAUAAUAAAAAUAUUAUUAUUCUACCAUAUGCUCAACCUUUUAUAUUUUUAGUGUAUUUUCCUUAUAAAAGGUUUAAAUUUAAUCAUGGACGAGCAAAACAUUCCCAUCGACAUCCACACCACAAAGUUACUGGACUGGUUGAUUUCCAGGAGGCAUAUCCCCAAAGACUGGCAGGCCUCCGUGCUGAAAAUAAGGGAGAGAAUCAAUAAUGCUAUACAGGAUAUGCCAGCCCAUGAAGGUAUUAUUAAGCUGGUUAGUGGGCAACAUAUCAAUUACUUCCAUUGCCUGAAAAUAGUCGAUAUACUAAAGGAAACAGAGAAGGAUUCGAAGAAUAUUUUUGGAAGGUAUGGGUCCCAACGAAUGAAAGACUGGCAAGACAUCAUCGCCUAUUAUCAGAAAGAAAAUGUUUAUCUUGCUGAGGUGGCCACAGUUUUGAUCCGUAGUGUGUCCUAUGAAAUUCCUGGACUGAAAAAACAGGUCCAGAAACUGGAGCAGCUUCAACUGGAAAGCGAGAAAAAAAUCAAAGACUGUAGCAAAUCGGAGGCAGUUUCCCAAAAAGAGUUCAAUACCGCAUGUGAACAAUUGGGAAUCAAAGGGAACAACAUUAAGUCCGAACUGCUGGAACUCCUAAAAGAACUCCCAAAAAUCUACGAAGAAAUGUCUGAAAAAAUAAAAAUUGUACAGCCAGCAAUUGAAUUAUAUACAGCGUUCAACAAAUACUUAUCGGGGCAAGAUAUUGAGUUUGAAAUUUUGCCCGCGUUAUCUUAUUUGAUCCAAAACGGGAACACCACCACAUACGAGUUUAAAUACGGUGAAAAACCUUUAGAAAUCGAGGAGGGGUGCUUUGAAAACCGGGUGUCCACAUCAGAAGACACCAAUAACGAAAUUGAUUUUGGCGACAAUAUUGAUUUUGGGGAGGGUGGAGGAGAGAUUGAUUUUGGGGAUCAAAUUGUUAUUGAGAGUCCUGGUACUGUCGAGCAGGUGAUUGGACAAGGAUCUUCCAGAGGUUCCUCCAAUGAAGAAUCUUUUGAAAUAGUGAAUUACGACGAUCUGAGCCAACAAAUAACAACAAACUUCGAAGAAUCGGGAAUAGUGGUGGAACAAUCGGGACAGGACGGAGGAAUCGCGCGAGGACAAGAAGCCCUCACUAUCCUGGAUAACCCGGAAACCCGCGAACAAAUAAUCAACGAUUUAUGCGAACUGGAGUCGUUUUUGAAAAUGCGCCUGUACGAAAUGUUUCACGACUCGGACAGCAUGUUCCUGAUGUCGCAAAUGCAGGACGCGCCGGACGUUUUACAAAUGCAGACGCCCGAAAGCGUCACGACGCUCUACGAUUGCGUAAAUGUCGCCCUAAGUCGUUUGACCGGAAAAAGAAUUACGCAUUUGCAUAAUAUUAAGCACUCGCCGAAGUAUGUGGAUCUGUUGGCGAGUAGUUUGAGGCAAAAGUUGUCCGUUGUCGAGAGAAUGAGGGCCACCAAGGAGGUGUUGGAGAAGAAGAUGAAGGAAACCGCGGAGGAGAUCCGCAAGGCGGAACCGCUGAUCAAGUUGAUGAUCGACAGGACGAAAACGUUGCAGCAAGAGAUUCAGAAGGAUCUUUCGAAAAAGUACAAGGGUCGGGAGGUGAAUAUUGUUGGUGGGGUGAAUAUGCUUUAAGGGUUAAUGUAUUUUUUUGUGUAUAAUAAAUUCGUUUUAAUGUUAA